AUGGACGAACUAUCGGAAAGAUUGAUCAUCUCGCUUCAGCUGCAAGAUAUCGAGGAAGUGUUGGCCACUCGAAAAGGAAAGGGCAGGCAAGGGGAUCUCGCAGCCUCUAAUGACGAACUCGCGUUCAACACUUAUCGCAGGUAUCUGCAAGAUUCGGAGCAAGCCAUUAUCGGCCGCCGCAUGACGGAAAGUUUGGAGGAGGCGAUGCGAGCAGAUUGUGAUAUCCUCACAGAGAUAGCUUCGGUCGAGGGGGUUGCAAAGAGUGAUCGCGAUCUCGCGAUACGCCUGGAGAGAGUGUGUGAGGGGGAAGCUAGCUCGUCAGACCCAGGGUCUGAAGAAUGGGUUUCCGCGUCAGAUCACACAAGCGAGGUUAGCGAGAUUGCGGUGAAUGAAUGGCAAGCAAGAUUGAUGCUAGAGGAUCAGACGGGGGUCACACCCGGCCCAUCCUGGAUGCCCACUAGGAGGGAGCCGCAGAGGGGGUGCGAAAUAUGCUUUGACACGUUUUCCGUCAAUCUCACCCUGAGUGCUCCGUGCGGGCACAUAUACUGCCAAUCCUGUAUGAAAGAAGUCUUUCUCAACGCAUGUGUCGACGAGAUGCUCUUCCCACCGCGGUGUUGCAAGAGGGAGAUUCCAUUUCACAUGGCGGAAAAGGUACUUUCGGGCAAAGAAGUGUCGGAGUUCCGGUCGAAAUCCCGCGAAUAUUCUAGCAAAGACCGGACAUAUUGUUGCAGACCAACUUGCUCCGAGUUUAUUCCCUCAGAUUGGAUCCGGGGUGACGUAGGGACUUGUCCGAAGUGUUUCGCAGUAACAUGUGCGAUGUGUAAGAAGGAGCAACACCCCGGGGAUUGUCCCCAAGACAAGAGUUUGGACCUUACCUUGGAGCUUGCUGCAAGGAGCGGGUGGCAGAGAUGCAAAAAUUGCCAUGCGUUGGUUGAGAUAUCAUCUGGCUGUCAUCACAUGACUUGCAGGUGCAGCGCGGAAUGGUGCUAUAAUUGCGGUGUCACCUGGAAGGAGUGCGAAUGUAGCGACUGGGACGAUGGGCGCUUGAAUAGACGAGCCGAGGAAUUAGCUAUGCGUGGCGCACCUCCGAACGCAAACCGGGCAACCAUAGCUGAUCUCGUGGGGAUAUAUAGGACGAAUUUGCAGGUUAAUCAUGAGUGCGAACAUGUUUCUGGAUGGAGGUUUCUUAGAGGGGGGGCACAAUGCGAGAUGUGUCAUUUUAACCUCCCAAGCUAUAUUUUUUCCUGUAAACGGUGUGAGCUCCUGGCUUGCAACAGAUGUAGGAAGAACAGGAUAUAAGGUAGCAUCGCACUGGUGUCUGCUACCUGGGUCGACGGGCUCACAGGGAUAUCUGAUUAUUAACAAUACAUAUUAUUAAC